AUGCCCUGGCACUUCACCGACUUGGCGACGGGAAACAAAGUCGAGUUGACGGCGCCCCUGCUGAUGACGCUCGGCAGUACCUGGGCCGGUUCACUCUGCGUGGGCACCACCAUCGGCUACACCACAGCAGCGCUCACGAGUCUCGCCGGUGGCUCCACCGGUCACAAGUUUGACACUGCUCUGCACGGUGUCUGGUUCGUGACAUUGCUGCACGUGGGCGCCAUAACAGGCUGCAUCAUCGCUGCACUGGUGGGUCAGUCUAUGGGGCGCCGCUUCGCGCUUCUGGCCAGCGCGCUCGGCUACUUUGCGGGCUACGGCAUCAUGUCGGUGGCUCGCUCCGACUACCUGGUGCUGUUCGGUCGCUUCCUGACAGGCGUCGCCACUGGCAUGGUCUCCCUGUGCUCGCCGUCCUUUCUGGCCGAAAUCACGCUGCCAGAACAGCGCGGGACAGCGGGCGGCAUCCUGCAGGUGUGCCUCACUAUUGGCAUUCUGUACGCGAACGUGAUGGGUCGCUACUUGAACUGGGACGGGCUCGCGUUCCUGACCAUGGCCGCAGCCAUCCCCCUCGUCGCCGCCUGCCAGUUCGCGGUCGAGUCGCCCCGGUGGCUCAUGCUGCAAGGCCGCAAGGCGGAAGCCAUCGAAGUGCUCGGCAAGCUGCGUGGGCCAGCGGCCAAGCUGGACCGAGAGUGGGCCGACAUGGAAACGGUGUAUGCCACAGUGCCCACGCCUCCGGGUCACAUCCUGAUGGCCAUGCUCGUGCACUUCAUCCAGCAGUUUUCGGGCAUCAACCCGGUACUCUUCUUUUCGCAGUCCAUCUUCGACGAAGCCGGACUCGUCAUCAGCGGCCAGGACACAAGCAUCAUCCUCUCCGGCUUUCUGGUGCGAUUUUUUUUAUUGAGUUUGCAGUUACAAGAAAUUCCGGGCUCAGCAUUCAGGUGGACGAGACGGACCCGAACGCGCCCAUCCUGCUACACGCGCCGGCUGCCCAUCGUCUUCGUGGCGCUCUACAUCAUCGGCUUCUCGGUGGGGCUCGGCCCCAUCCCGUGGCUCCUGGGCGCCGAGCUAGUGCCGAUGCGCUGCAACGGAGUCUACUCGGCCGUCGUGGCCGCCUUCAGCUGGAUCUGCGCCUUCCUCCUCACCUGGUUCUUCGAGCAGCUGCAGAACACGCUGAAGCUCUCCGGAUUCGGCCUCUUCUUCAGCGCGCUCACGUUCAUUGGAGGCCUUUCCGUCUCCUUCUUCAUGCCGGAGACCCAGGACCGGACCCUCGAGGAUCUUCUGCUCGAACCGCACACACAGGGGCGUGAUGACGUGGCAUCAGCGGGCUCCAGGGUAUCGAGGGCAUCGCGACGGUCGAAGCGCUGA